UUGGAGAGCAGCUUUGAUGUUUUUGCUUGCUGUUUUCUUCGCGCAGGCACAAGUCCAACAAGGGCCAAGCCAGGCCAGGCCAGCCAGACUCAUGGCGCUGCUGGGUGUCCCUUGUGCGAAAGAGAGUGCCGCUUCGGAUAUCUAUCUCUUCGCUAAUCCGGCAGUCUUUUGCGUGUGUCGUGCCAGCUAGGUGGGAGAGGCCGUCCGUCUUCCUGCCUGCCUGCCUGCCUCGCUCGAGUCCAACUCUAUCCCAUUGUCCGGUGCGUCGCUAUACGUACAAUAAUCUCUCCAAAGCAGCAGCAGCAGCAGCGCACAGCAGUGACAGAGUCGCAGGCUCGAGAGGAGAAAAGAGACCGCACCAUACAUUUACGCUGCUGAAGCAGAGAGGCACUCGGGACUUACUCAUUAUGCUCCGCCUCCUCCUCCACCUCUCUCGGAGAGAUUUAGUGGGAGCGAGAGUGAGAGAGAGAGAGAGAGAGAGAGAGCGGUUUCAUUCAUUCCAGCUACGAGCUCCCAUUAAGUCUGUCAUUUACUUUGUGGAAAUUCCUCUCGUCGUAGUUGGUCUGCUUCUGGUCUGGUCUCGUCCUGAUGGUUUCCAAGUUUGCUCUUGAAUUUUCAUCGCUGCAUGCUGCCUGCUGCUUCGUUUUCGCUGGCUGGAAAGACGCUUGACAACAAGAUCCCAUUAACUUCUAACGCCCACAGCUUUUGCAAGCAGGCGAAGCGACGAUGACCACCGCCGAGAGAGCGCCGAGAGUAAAAACUUUGCGCCGAGGCGUGUGAGUCGAACAACCUGUCGCCAGUACAGCAAAGGACAUCUCCUUCCGUAUGCCUCUGUGGUGGUAUAUAUGUUUUUAAAGUCGUUGCUCUUUUGGCUCGGCUCUGGCUCUGGCUAGCGUUGUUUGUUGUUUGUAUGCGUCAAUUUGCUUGCUUCCUUUCUUGCUCGCCUGCUUCCCUCUGCUAGAGCUCUGGAGAUCUUCCAUGACUUAUAAGAUCCUUCUCUCGUCUUUCCAGAGCAAGGCCGGGAAGAAGAGCUAGCUAGGCCCAACAGGGACGAGGCAGCGGGCGACGAGUGACCAUGGACAGGACGAGAGCGCUCCUCCUGGUGAUGGCAUUCUCGCUGGUGGUGCUCACUCUUUCAAUGCUAGCAGGAGGAGCGGGAGCUACCAAGCUCGAGCUCAUCCACGUCCUCUACUCGCAGCAGUCGCCACUCUACAACGACACGCUCAGCGACGCCCAGAGGCUCCAGCUGAUCAUCGGCAUGGACAGCGCCAGGCAGCAUUACCUCCUGGAUCGACGAAGACGAGGAGGAGUAGCAGCAGGAGCUUCUUCCACCUCCGGCUCCUCCAAGCUCGCCACCAUCACCUCCUUCUGGGCCGAGAGCCCGAUGGAGUCGGGCGCGUUCCUGGGCCUCGGCCAGUACCUGGUGAGCAUGGCGUUUGGAACGCCGCCACAGGAGGUCCUCCUCAUCGCCGACACAGGCAGCGAUCUCAUCUGGCUCCAGUGCUCCACCACCGCGGCGCCGCCGGCCUUCUGCCCCAAGAAGGCCUGCUCGAGGAGGCCAGCGUUCGUAGCGAGCAAGUCGGCCACGCUGUCCGUGGUGCCGUGCAGCGCGGCACAGUGCCUGCUCGUGCCGGCACCGCGCGGACACGGCCCGUCGUGCAGCCCGGCGGCGCCGGUACCGUGCGGCUACGCCUACGACUACGCCGACGGCUCCUCCACCACCGGCUUCCUCGCCCGCGACACCGCCACCAUCAGCAACGGCACCUCGGGCGGCGCGGCGGUGCGCGGCGUCGCGUUUGGCUGUGGCACGCGCAACCAGGGCGGCAGCUUCUCGGGCACCGGCGGCGUGAUCGGGCUGGGCCAGGGGCAGCUCUCCUUCCCCGCCCAGUCGGGAUCGCUCUUUGCGCAGACGUUCUCCUACUGCCUGCUCGAUCUCGAGGGCGGGCGCCGGGGGCGGAGCUCCAGCUUCCUCUUCCUGGGCCGGCCCGAGAGGCGCGCGGCAUUCGCCUACACGCCGCUGGUGAGCAAUCCACUGGCGCCCACCUUCUACUACGUGGGCGUGGUGGCGAUCCGGGUGGGCAACCGCGUGCUGCCGGUGCCGGGCAGCGAGUGGGCGAUCGACGUGCUGGGCAAUGGCGGUACCGUCAUCGACUCGGGCUCCACGCUCACGUAUCUCCGGCUGGGCGCGUACCUCCAUCUGGUCAGUGCCUUCGCCGCCAGCGUCCAUCUCCCGCGGAUUCCAUCCUCGGCCACCUUCUUCCAAGGCCUGGAACUAUGCUAUAACGUUUCUUCCUCGUCUUCCUUAGCCCCCGCCAAUGGGGGGUUUCCACGUCUCACCAUUGACUUUGCGCAGGGGCUGAGUCUCGAACUCCCGACUGGUAACUACUUAGUGGAUGUGGCCGACGAUGUCAAGUGCCUGGCCAUCCGGCCCACGCUCUCGCCCUUCGCGUUUAAUGUGCUGGGGAAUCUCAUGCAGCAGGGCUACCACGUCGAGUUUGAUCGCGCGAGCGCGCGCAUUGGAUUCGCACGCACAGAAUGCGUCGCUCAUUGAUGGAUUGGGCUUUCUUUCCCGUUUUCUAUCGAGCAAAAACGAGGUUUGAGCGAGCGGAAUUGGAACUGGUGAGUGCUUGGAUUGGAUGGAGAAGCCAGAGGACCCAAUUGGGAAGAACAAGAUCGAUCGAUCGAGCGAUCGACUGGAAAGCUCUUCCUCUUUCUUUCUCCAAGCUUUUGUUAUUCUUCUUUCUUUCUCUCCUUUUUUCUUCCAUACCAUCGUUGCCUGGUGGUGUGGUGGUGAUGUCAAAUUCCUUGCUCUC